UUAUUGCGGCGGGUGAAGCAGGCCGAGUGUGACAACCCUGUUGUGGACUUUCCCUCAAGUCCAACUCCCGUUUUAGUCCGUGGUAGCUUCAAACGGUUUUAGUACGCUUGAUGUUAACCUCCGAGAUUUUGGGUCCAUAAACGGGUAAAUCUGGGCCCAGCCCCUUCACCCUUCGGAUGCCAAUGGCUAGGCUCGUUCAUCUUGUUUUGCUUGACGAUUCACAUAGCCUUUCAUGGCGUUGUGUCGUACCGUGCUGUGACCGAUUUCUUGGUUCACAUUGUGCUUGUGGAAUCCUAAUUUGUGAAUGACCCGCGUGAUGCUAUGCUAGCUACGCAGGAGAGGGUAUUCUCAUCUGUCUUCAGGGGCCAAGCGAAUCAAGCGUAGUGAAUAAGGGCAUCGGCAACAUCGCUGGUCUGUGUCCCGCGCCAUGACGGGAGGCACUUGUCAGUGCAGUCACCAGAUAGCGGAAGAAUCAGGGUUUUAAUUCUCGCCUUUCGCGGCUCGACUGUUACGCCAUGGCAUCAGGUGGCGGCGGCGGUGGCGGCAGCAGCGGCGGCAGCGGUGGCAGCAGCAACGGGUACAUCCUUGCGUACGCGAAGCGCAGUCUGCACCGCGACUACGUGGUGCGCGGAAAGGAGUUCGGGCGCGGGCGGUACGGCGUGGUGCGGCCGUGCGUGCACCGCAAGACGGGGCGCGUGCUGGCGUGCAAGUCCAUCAGCAAGGCCAAUGUCAAGGAGGAGCAGCAGGUGGAGGAGCUGCGCACGGAGAUGGCGGUGAUGCGCGCUGUGGUGGGGCACGCGCACAUAGUGGAGGCGGAGGCAGUGUACGAGGACGACGAGCACGUGCACAUGGUCAUGGAGCUCUGCCACGGGGGAGAUCUCUUCGACCUGCUUGCGAGGAGCGACCACCUGUCCGAGAACGACGCGCGCCACAUGUUCAGGAAGAUCGUGGACGCGGUGUGGUUUUGCCACGGAAAGAGCAUCUGCCACCGGGACUUAAAGCCUGAGAACAUCCUCCUAACGGACGCCACUGCGCUCAACCCCAAGCUCGCGGACUUUGGGCUGGCCGUGCACCUGCCGCCCGGGGCGCGCGCCGUGGGCCUGGCAGGGUCGUCGUUUUACAUGGCGCCCGAGGUCGUGCAGGGCAUGGCGUACUCCUUCCCCGCGGACGUGUGGAGCCUGGGAGUCCUUCUCUAUAUCAUGCUCUCAGGCAUUCUGCCCUUCUGGGGCGAGACAGUGGAGGAGACGUACGAGAGUGUGUGCCGGGGCCACCUGGACUUCUCCUCGCGGCAGUGGCAGCUCAUCUCGCCUGCAGCCAAGGACCUCAUCCAGCGCAUGUGCGCCCUCGACCCCCUGCACCGCCCCUCCCUGCACCACGUCCUCUCCCACCGCUGGCUCGCAACUGCUGCUGCUGCCGUUGCUGCCUCUGCUGGUGGUGCUGGUGGUGCCUCCUCCCCCGCCCCUUCCUCGUGCAAGCUGGCUCUGGCGCGGGCUGGGUCGCUGCUCUCCCCCUCCGCCACCGCUGCCACUGCUGCUGCCGCCCUCGCUGAUGCUCCUGCUGCUGCUGCUGCUGCUGCUGCUGCUGCUGCUGCUGUUGCUGCUGCUGCUGCUGGUGUUGGUGCUGGUGCUGGUGCUGGUGCUGGUGCAGGUGCUGGUGCUGGCGUUGGUGCUGGUGUUGGUGGCUUGGGUGUAGCAGGAGCGGCAGCAGCAGCAGCAGCAGGAGCAGAAUCUGCUACGCCGACAACGUCUGGUGCCCCCGGCGCGGAUCCGAGCGCAAGCAGGUACCGGCGAGCACAGCCACGUGCCGUCACGGGGUUAAAGAAACGGCUGCUGCCUCUGCGGUCCAAAAGCGGCAUUGACACUGCUUUCAUGUCCACAGCAUGGAAAGCAGCUGCUGGCAGGGAUGGUAGUGCCUCCAUGGAUUACCAGGAGGUGGACACGGAGGAGGGGGAGGAUGAGGAGGAGGGGAAGGAGGAGGGGAGGGAGGAGCCUGGGAAGGAAGGGGAGAUGAAUGGGGAGUGGGAAGGGCGCGGACGGGAAAGGGAUGGCGGGUGGGGUGGUGAGAAUGAGAAUAGUGGCGAUGAGGAUGCGAGGAAGGAUGAUGGAGAUGAUGGGGAUUAUGAAACGGAUGAUGGCAUGGAGGAUGCGGAUGAGAGGGCGAGCAGUGGGAGGAGGAGGCGGGUGGGCAGGACCAGCCAUAGCAGUGGAUUGUUUGGUGUUGCUGGUGUUGGAUUUGCUGGGAUUCUGACUCAAGGAGGACUCAGAGCAGCUCCCAAUGGUGUGGGUGCUACAGCUGGGUCAGCACCAGCACCAGCAGCAGCAGCAGCAGCAGGAGUGGGUGUCCGCAGUGGUGUUACCGGCAGUGGCAUUGGUAUGGUGCAUGCAUCACGUGUCUCACCCCGUGGAACGACGUCUGUGUCCGCUGGUGCAGUGUUCACUGCCGGGGUAGUCGAAGCCCUGGCUGCAAGCACAGCAGCGUUGGCAGCAGAAGCAGAGGGUGAAGGCGGUGGUAGCACGCCGAGGGCAGGGGGGCGGCCAGGCAGAGCGGGCCUGGGGGUUGUGGAGAGGGCUGGCGUGGAAAGAAUUGGAACAGGGUCCAGGGGCGGAGAUGCCAAGGCAAGCGGUGGCACAGGGGUGGCUGCAGCACCUGCUGCGGCUGCGGCUGCAGGUGCGGCUGCGCCUGCUGCUGCUGGUGGUGCUGGUGGCGGGGUGCAGAGUAGGUUGGUUGAGAGCAGCCGGGAGACAGCAGGCUCUCACACUCGGGUUGCCACUGGAGCAAGUGCUAGUGACGAGAGCAGAGGCAGCGAGGGCAGUGCUGCUCCUGACCCUGCGACAACAGUAGCAGCAACCCCAGUAGCAGCAACCCCAGUAGCAGCAGCAGCAGCAGCAGCAGCGGGAGCGAUGCCUGCGUCUCCGCAGGACAGAGAGGACCCCCCACAGCAGCAGGACGAGGGGGGCGGCUCCUCCUCCUCCUCCUCGCAGCCACGGCGCCGCCCCACGUACCAGCACAUCAGCAGCAUCGGCAACUCGAGAGCCGACAGGCGAGUGUUCACGCCCGUGCAGCGGCCCAGAACAGCAGAGACAAGGCCGGGUGGGGGGAUGGCCAGGCGGGGAGGGGGUGCGCAUGGCACUGGUGGCACGUCGUUCCUGGGGGGUUCUGCGCUCCCUCCCUGCUCCAUGCGCUCGCCUGGUCCGGCUGGGGGCAGUGCUGCGGCUAGGCUUGUCUCGCCGCCAAGAAGGCACGCGGCUAGGCAUGGUGCUACGACUGCUGCUGGUGCCGCUGCUGGUGCUGCUGGUACUGUUGCUGGUGCUGCUGGUGCUGUUGGUGUUGCUGGUGCUGCUGGUGCUGUUGGUGCUGCUGGUGCUGCUGCUGGUUCUGCUGACGGCACUGCUCGCAGUGCUGCUGCUUCUGUUUCUGUGCCUGCAGUAGCAGCAGCUGCUGCUGCUGCUGCUGCAGAUGGUGCAGAUGGUGCAGGAGUGGGAAGCCGGGCGCAGGAGGAGGCGGGUGCUGGCGUGUGCAGGGGGGAAGGUGCUGCUGGUGGUGCUGGUGGUGCUGGUGGCAUGGGGCAGAGAGAGAGAGAUGGCGGCAUGGCAAGUGCAGAGGAGGGGAGGGGGCAGGGGCAGGGGCAGGGGCAAGAGAGACGAUCCAGUGAAAGGAUAGCGAUUGGAAAGGAGCAGCAUACAGGAGGUGCACAUGCAGUUGCAGGGGUCGCGCACGCAGGGGGCGCGCAUGUAGGGGGCGCGCAUGUAGGGGGGACGCACAGAGUGGAAGAAGAGCGUGCAGGGGGUCGGAGGGAUGGGGGGAGGGGGGGAGGAGGAGGCGGAGGCGGAGGAAUGAAUGGUAGAAGUCAGCAGGAGCGAGAUAGGGUUGGAGAAGAAGGGAGGUUAGAGGAGAGGAGGCAAGGUAACGUGGGCAGUAGUGGCGGGAUGAGCACCAAUGCAGCGGGCAUGAGUAAUGCUCUAGGUGUGAGAAGUAAGCCUGGGUCUCUCCUGGCUUCUGCUGCUGCUGCUGUUGAUGGUUGCGUCAGUGGAGGAAGGAGUGGCAGCAGCAGCAGCAGUGGAGAUGGCCUGUGUGGUGGUAGGGAUGCGUCAGCAAGGGAAAGCGACAUUGGCAGAGGCAUUUGCAGUAGAGGCAGCAGCAGUAACACCAUCAGUAGCCGCAGCAGUCGCAGCCACGGCAGCAGUAGCAGCAGCAGCAGUGGCAGUGGCUCAUUGGGCUAUAACCCUGUGAACAGACUAUGUAACGAUGCCACAAGCGGCAGCAGCAGCAGCAGCAGCAGCAGCCGGGGUGAGAGCGGCAGCGGCAGCGGCAGCAGCAGCUUAGCAAGCCGCAGCUCUCAGGCAACACAGAGUCAGAGUGACUCUGCCAGUGCUGCACAUGGUGCCUGUGUCACUGUCGCUGUGGCAGGAACCGUUGGUUCUGACCGCAAUGACACCGGCCAUCCUCCUGGCACCAAUCAUCCCAAUUCCACUGAUGUUGGGGGAGGAAGGGGUGCGGGUGCAGGAAGGGGGGGGGGAGGGCAAGGAGUAGCAGGUUGGUGCCCAGCCUCACCUAAGCUCUCAUCCCCCCGCUGCGGCUUCUCUUCUCCCUCCUCCUUGUCCCACCAACAGCACCAGCAGCACCAUCAACAGCAGCAGCAGCACCACCACCACCAUUCCUCACUGAAUCAAUCCCCGCCCAAGUCCUCUGCCCAUCUGGCCCCAGUCACAGAGCAAGACUCAGACUCAGACGCCAGUGCACAGGCAGCAGAGCUGGCGGCAGCAGCAGCAAGGAUCGAGCACGCGAACCAGGCCAACCGCGGCGUGCCCUUCCGCCGCCAGGGCUCCGCAUCCCCCCGAGAUUCCCGCUGGUCCGUUGGGGUAGGGCUCGGAGCCAUGGGCAGGCCUGGGUAUGGGCGUGGGCCUAGAUUGAGCUGGGAAGAUCGGAGCGAGAGCAAAGCAGGGGCGUUUGAGAAAGGGUCUGGAGGUGGUUGGGAAGGGAGUGGUGGGGCAGAGGGAGGGAGGGUAGGAGGGUGGAAUGAUGGGUUGGGUGGUAUUGAGAGAGGUGGGAGUGAUGAAGGGAGGGCGAGAUGUACGAGUGGUGGCAUAGCCGGUAAUGGUCGUGCUGGUGGUGCUGCUGGUGGUGCUGGUGCUCCUGGUGCUCCUGGUGCUGCUGGUGGUGCUGGUGCUGGUGGUGGCAGCAGAGCCAGUGGGGGUGCUGGCAGAGGUGCUGGUUCAACCGCUGUUGGCCUCGUAUCACCAUGGGCAGCAGCAGCGGUAGCAGCAGCAGCAGCAGUAUCGACGAAUGGUCCUCUUGAUGUUGACUCAUAUUGCGAUUUCGAACGCAUGUCCGCAUCACAAGCAGCAGCUUCAGCAGCAACAGCAGGCGUGUUUGCCAGCUCCCCUCCUGCAAGCUCUCCCUCACACUCCCCUUCGCCUCAGCGCCAUGGCCGCUCGCGCUCCUUUGAAAACGUGCUCACCAGCCCCACCGGCCGCACCCUCUCCCCCUCGCUCGCGGCCCCCCGCCCCCCCUCCAUUCCCCGCCGCCUCUCCUCCUCCACUCAGGCUCGCCCACGGGCAAAGCAGCCGGGGGGUGGUAGUGACGGGAAUAUGGGGAUGUGGGGAGGGGAUGGAGACCUGGGGCAGGGAUAAACGUGGGGGGAUUGUGGAGGGGCCAGGCUCUAGGCUCGUGGCUGCGGAGUGGGUGUCUGUGUGAACAUGUCAUCCUUACUGCUAAGAUGUCCUUCCUUCCAUGCGCUCUCCCCCCAUCUUACUCCUACCAGUAUUUGUGCUAGGAUGGUGGGUGCCAUGCUGGUGUGGGUGUUGCUUGCGUUAGGCUGUGGUCCGGUCCUCGUGUUAGCACUGAUCGCACAAAUGCCUCUAGGGGUCCGGUCCGGCUUCCAUGUGUGCGUGGCAUUACUGCCAGCCAGUGCUUUGCUUGUACACUGUGCGCUGUUGCACCAUUGCUGGAGCCUCCAUCACAAGAACGUGAGUUGUACC